CGCUCAGACUGCCCUCGUCGCGAUAACCGCAGCGCACGCCGCCGGCAGAACCGCCAGAAGCAGAGCCAUCUCUCGCGGCCGUGUGCACUAGGACAACAGUGACGCGGCAUCCGGCAGAGGAGUGGCGCUAGGCAAGGGCUAAAAUUUGCCAUGUCUCUCUACUCAUGAGGUGCUUCCAGAACAUGUACUACACGAAACAGUUUGCUGAAUGGAUCCGACUGACUUUAUUGCUUUGUAUAGCUCUGCAUUGCUGUCUUGUGAAAAUGGAGGACAUCAGCUUCGAACCGAGGAUCCUACUUAACAAAACCUGUGCUUUUACCUCUUGUCGCAGUGCGAGACAAGAAUCGCCUAAUGACAUGGAUUUAGAUACAUUUCUUACUGCCAGGUGUUACUGUGACCCUGAUUGCAAGAAAUUUCAAGACUGCUGCUAUGAUAUAUCCAACACAUCUUACUACGCUUACGUUCAAACCUCACUUCAUUGGAGUUGUUCACAUAUACCUUCUCAGGCAAAGGAUGUAUAUAUGAUAAAUUCAUGCCCACAUCAUCAUACGCAGAUCUCAAAUUUAUGUUCAGGAACUGCAGAACUAUAUGAUUACAAACUAGAUAUUCCAGUUCUAAGCCACCACACAGGUUUGUGGUACCGAAAUUUCUUCUGUGCUUUGUGUCACGAAGAGCAGGACAACUUGGUGCCAGUGACACUUCACUUUGAAUGUACCAGAAAUCUGACAUCAAACCAGGUGCUACAGAAUGGUACCUACCAACCACGUGCUUUGUCGUGGACUCUUGGCCAAGAUGAGUGUAAACUGAAAGUUGGGGCAGACUAUUCAAACACAUCACUGGAUAAUGUAGUCAUGCGAAGAUGUUUGCCUCAUGUAAGCACUUGUGCCCUUGACUGGACAAAUGAAACAGUGGAAAACCUUUGCUACUCCUAUACACACUUUGUUUAUGGAAGAGUAAAUGGAGAAAAAAAGCUUCCAUUUCUGCAUCUGAGUCCAACCCCAGGGAAGAAAGUUGCACUGAUGGUGAUGGAACAGGCGGUGCCAGCUGCGAUGGAGGCAGCUGUGUCAGCGCGAGAGCCAGGGUGUCCCUCCGUGGUCCCCGACAGCUGA